ACGAUGGGCAGCAAAAUGGCGUCUGCCAGCAGAGUCGUUCAGGUAGUCAAGCCAUGUACUCCAUUAAUAAGAUUCCCAGACAGAAGAGACAAUCCUAAACUCAGUGUAACAGAAGCUUUGAGAUCAGCGGGGCUGCCAUCUCACUCACCUAGAAUUUCACAGCAUUCUAAGGGGAGUAAAUCACCAGAUUUGUUGAUGCAUCAGGGUCCACCAGACACUGCAGAAAUAAUAAAAACAUUACCUCAGAAAUACAGAAGGAAACCCGUAUCUCAAGAAGAAAUGGAAUUUAUCCAACGUGGAGGUCCAGAAUAAGCAUUGUGGCUGCUGUUUGUCAUCAGACAAAAGAAUUGUCUUUACAAUAAAGGACUUCCAAGACAAAUGAAAAAUUGUAUAUUAACGUUAAUAAAUACUCUACAAAAAAUGAAGUACAGAAAAUUUAAAUGGAUAUUUUUAACUCCUAAUUUAUGUAUCUUGGUCAGCUUCUCUACAAGCUUACCUAUUGUUUAUAUACAUUAUACUUAUUAAAGUAUACAUUUUGAAAUGUU